UCUGAAACCACUCUGGUCAGAUGUCUCUAAAAAGUAAAAGCCCUUUUCCCUUGUAAUUCUCUUGAAACCCCUCCGCUUUAUCUCCGAAAGACCAAACCCACACACUCUCAUCUCUCAAACACUCGUUUACGGCGCCGGCACUGAACAGACGACGGCCAUGGCAGGGAGGCGUCGAGUAACGGAACCACGACAGGUAGAGAGCAACAGAACUGAGGAGGCGAGACGAGCUGCGACCGCGAGAAAGAGCUGCGGCACCAACUGAUAUGAGGUGGAGAUGCGACGAUGCGAUGGAGCUAUGAAGUAGUCAAGCAGCGGAGGAGAUAACUCAAAUGAAAACUGACAACUUCAAACCUCUGCCACGCUGCGACGACACUCUUGAAUCGCGAUGGAGAACUGAGAUGGUAGUGACGAUGAACCGAGACAUUAGCACUGAACAGAGAUCAAUGUUGUUGUUGUUUGGGGAUCGGGGUAUUUUUUGUGAGGGUAAAGAGAAGAGAAGAGAAGAGAUGUUGAACAUUAAGAGGGUUCUCAAUGCUGUUUCGAAUUAUCAAAAAAGAGGAGGGGGAGAGGCUACUCACCCUGUAGGAGGAUGUGGUUACAGUUGCCUAAAAACUGCUGCAUUCAAGUACCGUACUACCGGUUAUGUCACUGAUAAUGCUGCUUGAUGUUCGUGUCACUGCUGGUGUUGCUGGCUAUUCGGUAACUGCUAUAGCUCCUGGUGUUGGAUUAUUGCCACUCUCAAGGAAUAAUGCAUUUGGAUGCAAUGUCACUUAAUGUAAUGGUUGACCCUAAGCAGCGCAAGCUUCAAUUCGCCUAAUAGAUUGGGAGCUUCCAGAGUUGUAUAAUAGACACAUUACUCUUCCUAAGUCAUUAAGCAUUUUAUAGAUACAUCUUUUAUUAUUGCUCUAGUGCUAUCCAUGCUCCUUUUCAUGGACGUUGGUCCAAACUUUGUUUCCAUUGAAUAAUUUUUAUUUAUUAAUAUUAUGAG